UUCGUUAGGAAUUUCAAGUUCACUAUUAGUUGCUAAUUUGACUCUUUUUCCUACUAUUCAGGAGCCUUGGAAAUUGACACUUUCUUCCGGUGUAGAGUGUACUUGAGUUUUUCAAGUCCUUACAUUUCUCGAAAACAGUAAACAUGCCACGAGAAAUCAAAGAAAUUAAAGACUUCCUUUUGAAAGCGAGGAGGAAGGACGCGAAAUCCGUCAAAAUAAAGAAGAACGCUGACAAUGUAAAAUUCAAAGUGCGUUGCUCAAGAUUCCUGUACACUCUUGUCAUUACAGACAAAGAAAAGGCUGAAAAACUGAAGCAAUCCUUGCCUCCAGGUCUACAAGUAAAAGAGGUUAAGAGGAGUGAACGUAUGUAACUAAGUAAAUAAAAAGCCUUUAAAUAAGAA